AAGGCUGCAUGCAUGCGGGAGACAUUUCGUGAUCACACAGAUCUGCUUUUCACUUGAGCUGAAGAAUCUACGCUGCUCUCUUCAACCCAAACAUGGAAGAACAUCAUUUCAACACCAACAGGACCAGAAACUUUGGAUCCAACCUCAUGAAUGAUGAUGAGCUGAGGAUCGUGAUGGUGGGGAGGACUGGAGUAGGGAAGAGUGCUACUGGGAACACCAUUCUGGGAUGGGACCGCUUUCAGUCCAAGUGCAGUCCGCGGUCUUUGACUGUGGAUUGUUCUAAAGAUAAAACUGUGGUGGAUGGACAAACAGUUGCUGUCAUUGACACCCCGGGCCUGUUUGACACCAGGUUUGGUCAGGAGAAGACAACCAAAGAUUUGAGCCAGUGUGUCUCCUAUGCUUCUCCUGGACCCCAUAUCUUCCUGGUGGUCAUUUCUCUGGGCAGGUUCACUGAAGAGGAAAAGCAGACGGUGCAGAGGAUUCAAGAUAUCUUUGGCCAGGCUGCUGACAAAUACAGCAUGGUCCUCUUCACUCAUGGAGACGUCCUUGAAGACACCACUAUUGAAGAAUUCCUAUCUGAGAGUCUAGAGUUACAGGAGCUUGUAGCCAGAUGUAACGGCCAGUACCAUGUCUUCACUAACAAGCUGAAAGAUAAGAAACCUCAAGUCACUCUGCUGCUCCAGAAGAUCAGAAAUAUCGUGCAGAAGAACGGAGGAAGCCAUUACACCAACGAGAUGUUCCAGGAGGCCGAGAGGGCAAUUGAAGAGAAAAAACAAAGCAUAUUGAGAGAGAAGGAGGAGAAAAUCCGUAGAGAGAAAGAAGAACUGGAGAGAAAACUGCAAGAAAAGUAUGAAAAAGAGAUGGAGAAAAUUAAUAAGCAACUCCAGGCUGAGAGAGAGAGGGAAAAGAAGGAGAGAGAGGAGGAGAGGAAGAGGAUGAAGGAGGAGAUGGAUGAGGAGAAAAAAAGAGAGAGGGAGAGGAGAGAUGCAGAAAGAGAGAAGGAGAGAGGGGAUAGACAAAAGGAGUUGGCAGCUAUGAAGGAUAAAUUAAAAGAGCAGCAGGAACAGGAAGUCAGAGAGCAAAAGGAGAAACUGCAGUCCAAAUAUGAGACUGAGGCCAGAAAAGAAGCUGAGGACAGAAAUCCUGUCUAUCACCUGAGAAAAGUUGCGCAGCACAUUGUUGGUUUCUUUAAAAGCCUGUUUUAAUAAAAUAGUUUAAAAUAGCAUCUGCUGGUGAAACAUGGUGAACCAGUGGUUACUGCUUAAAACAGGAAGCACGUUUAAAGCUUAAAACACCUGCUCAGAAAUAAUAUAAAAUGUAAAAGUUAAACUUCACCUACAGAUAUAUAAAGACACCUCCUUUUUUCCCUCUCUAGUUAUCAUCCUUAAUAAUUAUAGCGACAGAAAUACGGCUACAAUAGAGGCUUUGUGACGAUAAAGUCACUACUAGUUUCAUAGUUUUUCCAUUGUACUAAUCAUUGCUGUGGUUAUUUGCUAAUUAUUCAUAUUUUUAGACCACAUUUUCUGUAAUAAAAUACUUUGGUUGCUCAGGUUUUCUGGUUCAUAAGUAUGUUCAUCACUAGAACAAUGUUUUCACAUGAUUUGAUGUGUGAUUGACAGCUCUUAGAUCUUGCUGUUAUGUGUUGAGCUUUUUUUGGUAUUUUAUGUAACAGUGUUAGCCAGAUUUUUUUAAUCUGUCUUUCAAUCAUUCAAUUAUUUUAGUUUUUUUUUCCAAUACUUUUUAAUUAAGGUCUUCAUGUUGUGUUUUGUGAUCAUGACUGAUCUUUUCAUGAUUAACACUUGAAAUAAAGAUGCAAAUA